CUCAACUAUCCACGCUGCACGUUUACCAUUCCGACAUUUGCCGCAUCUCGCACCUCGCAUCUACUUUCGAGUAAUUUUUCGUUAAUCCAAAAACCACAUUCAAAAUGACUGGCGGCGGCAAAUCUGGCGGCAAGGCCUCUGGCUCCAAGAACGCUCAAUCCCGUUCCUCCAAGGCGGGUCUUGCGUUCCCCGUUGGUCGUGUCCACCGUCUUCUGCGAAAGGGCAACUACGCCCAGCGUGUCGGUGCCGGUGCUCCCGUCUACCUCGCCGCUGUUCUCGAGUACCUCGCUGCCGAAAUCCUCGAGUUGGCUGGUAACGCCGCUCGUGACAACAAGAAGACCCGUAUCAUCCCUCGUCACCUUCAGCUCGCCAUCCGAAACGAUGAGGAGUUGAACAAGCUGCUGGGACACGUCACCAUCGCACAGGGUGGUGUUCUGCCCAACAUCCACCAGAACCUCCUCCCCAAGAAGACGACUGGCAAGUCUGGCAAGGGUUCCAGCCAAGAAUUGUAAUUUUUCCGUUGGUCGUUUGUGCUUUCUUUCGAGGUCGUUUUGGUUGUCAUAAAGGGGUCAAGGGAUAAGGUUUACGGUUGCUUUUGUACGUCUGGGUUGUACAUUAAUCCCCCACGGCUAUGAUCAUGAAUCAAUUAGGGUUUUUUUCAAAUGCACUUCGUUAAAACGUUUACCAUUCGGAUUGGUCUCUUCAGCCGCAAGUGAUGUGUAUUGAUAUGGAAUCAUGGUUAAUCAACAAAAAAAAAAAAAAAAAAAAAAAAAGAUAUCCUUUUUGAUU